AUGGCCCAACCCGACCACUUUAAUUACCUCUGGAGCCAAGCCAAAGCGCGCUACAAGUCCGUCACUGGCCAUGACCUCGACAGCCCCGCAUUCCCGCGUCCCGCAUCAGCCGAUGAACUUCUCACUCUCCUGGACUCAAGAAACACAGCCUUUCAAACUUUCCGAGAAAAGCGAUCGGCCCUGUUUGACAAGCUUAGUGCCUUGUGCCAGCCUAUCGAAGUAGUCGCCAAUGUCGUUUCCACCGGGGUUGCGGUGGUGUUCCCGCCUAGCUCCGCAUGCUUUGCCGCCAUAAUGUUGCUGAUCGAUGCUGCCCGAGGUGUCUCGUCGCUCUAUGACUCCAUCAUUGGUCUUUUUGAGACUUUGAAGGUUUGUGACAGAUUCGACUUCCUGUCGCGACUCAAAAUUUACAUUGCGAAUCAAGUCACCCCCGAGCUACGCACCACGCUGGUCAGCAUUCUCGUGAUCUUGCUCGAGAUCUUCGGGCGCUCGGCCAGUGUCAUUCGUAGCGGUGUCCUAGGGCGCGCAUUGACGUUCACCAAGAACGCCCUCCUCGGUCGUGAUGAAAAGCUACAGAGUCUGCUCAGCCAGCUUGAGAAGCUGUGCCAGAGCGAGAACAGGUUAGUCGUGGCGGAGACAUGGGCGGAGACGAAGCGAACAGCACACUUGAUGGACCAACUCGGUGAUGACGUGGGGAGUCUGGUCAUUGGACAGGACGCCUUCCGCAACGAGUUUCAGCAGGAGAUGCUCAAGAUGAGGGAUGCGGUGGGGUCAGCGAAGGGAGAGAGAUUGAUGAGUAUCCGGAACAUCCUCAAGCCUUCCGUCAAUCCACUCGACAUGUAUCAGAGUAUCGCGAAAAGGCGCGUUCCAGGGACGGCGGGCUGGAUUCUUGAGGAACUGUCGUUCCGAAAAUGGGUGCUGGAUUGUCAGAAUCAGUUGCUGUUUGUCAGUGGCAGCCCUGGGAGCGGGAAAUCGGUCCUCUGUCAGCACAUAAUCUCUUAUCUGGAGAAUUUACAGGUCACGGCAGAAGAUAAGGAUGGGUCGAUUGGAUACUUCUUCUUCAGCAACAGCGACACUGAGACAAAAUCGUUCCACCAGGCACUCCGGGAUUGUGCUUACCAGAUAUAUCAAGCCGAUGCCUCUUAUAAGGUGUACCUCGACAAUCACCUCAGCUCUCCAGACGAGAUCAAAACCACCCGCAGCGCUUGGAGACUGUUAUUCCAUCAAUACAAUGGUAUGAGUGAAACGGGAUUCAACAAGCUGAUGCUCGUUUUUGAUGGUAUUGAUGAAGCCUUUCAGACUGAUCGAGAGGAGUUCUUCGAGCUAAUCUCAGAUCUACCGUCCGCAACCGGUCCUCAACUCAAAAUCCUCAUGGUCGGAAGACCGGAAAUUCAUGGCGAUCUCACACAAGCCGUCGGCCCCGUACCGUGCAUCCAAGUCGACGCCGCGAAAAACUCGGCUGACAUCCGAACAUUCAUUGAAAAGAGCAUGCAAACAUCCCAGAUCUUUAAUCGUAUCCCCAACGAGCUGGCCUCGUCGAUCCAAGGAAAGCUCAUCGAAAAGUCUCAAGGCAUGUUCCUGUGGGCAGAUCUAAUGCUACGUGAGCUAAGCCGCAAGACAAGAGCGAGUAGUAUGUUGAACAGUCUCAAAAGCGCACCAAAGGGUCUGGAUGAAGUGUUGGAGCAUGUUCUCCGCGGCUUUAGCUCAAAGCUGGACCCAGAAGAGGCGGAGAAUUUGAACACUCUGCUCGCUUGGUUUGCUUGCUCUGACGUCCCGCUGACUUUACGCCAACUGGAUUUCAUUCUGCAGUACGACUCUGCGGGCGGAGAUGGCGUUUUUGGUUUGGAGACUAUGCUCCGUGUACAAUAUGCUUCAUUCUUCCUGCUUCUCCGAGAGGAUGGUCUGACAACGGCGGACCUUCAAGGCAACAAGGCAGCGGCGUACGUCCUAGAGGGUCAAACAGACAAUGAUACCACCGAGUUUCAGUCGAACAAAGAGAUGACCCGUGUUGUCUUUCGGCAUGCAUCCAUCGGUGAGUAUUUUCGCAACCGCGAAUAUGGGAAAGUGUCUGACGGCCCUGGCUGUGUGCCAAUUGGUGUGAACAUUGUCGAAGCUCAGACUCACAUCCUGACCUGCUGCCUGAGGCUUUUCGCAGAGCAAUUUGGGGAGGAUCGAGAAGGAAGGGUGUCUUUGAUCUUUCAUACUCAAGCUCAUUGGCUCAGCUAUAUGAGGCAGCUGGUCAGCAAUAACCGAAUCGAUCCACAGGGCAAAGCAAAAAUGGGAGUCUUGCUCUGUAGGCUGCUCUCGCAUCCCGACACCACCCACUGUUUGUACCCGACCGAUUGGGAACUCUUCGCAUCAGGAGAUUUCCGAGUCAUCGAAAGCUUCUUUGCUGAUCCUGCGAUUUCAAUCUUCGAUGAUGAUAACGAGGCCACCAAGUGGCUAGCAUCGUGUCGCGAGAAGCCGGGUGGUCUUUUCUUGGACUUGGCCAAAUACGCGGCCCAUUGUUGGCUCGGUGAAAGCAUCUGGUCUGCCUCAGAGUGCUUCCGUGUUGUAUGGGCAGUUAAAAUCAUCUCCGAAGAUGGAAAUGUAGAGGUAGUGCGUGAGACACCAAGCACGAAGACAGUACUGGAGGUCGCCCACUGGACCAGACUGGAAGAACAUGCGUUAUGGCAUGAACGCGUCGGCGCUUGCCUGUCGGACUUUGGUCACCUCAACGAGGCAAAGUAUCAUAUAGACACGGCACUGAGUCUGCAGCCAGAGUCAGUAGAGGCCAGUCUGGACAUGGCUCGUAUCUACCUCAAACAAAACAAGCGCAGCGAAGCAAUUAAGAUUUAUCGCGAGAUUGAACAACUUUACACGCAGUCGCUUAUCGCACAACAAGAGCCAGAUCACGAGGACUCGGAUCUUGACAUGAUAGUGUCGCCACCCAGGCUUGCCAGAAUGCGAUUGAUACUGUCGGAGCUGUAUCUCGAGGAAAACGACUGUAUGGAAGCCGCGCAAUGGCUUGAUUCUUCUGUACAGCUGGGGGCAUACACCAUAAAGAUGCCUAGAAUAGUAGGAAGGCUGUUUCGAAGACUGGGUAGAGCGCCAUACAACGAUCAAGCUGAGAUCAUGCGCCUACUCAGAUCGCUGGACCGAAAGAUCCAAGACCAGGAGAAUACAAUUUUGGAUUAUUGUCUCAUUGCUCACAAAUGGGCAGAUGGCCGCUUUUUCGAUGUUUGUGCGACAGCCGCUCGCGCCACGGAGGCAUUGGAGUGGUUGGUAGACCGGUAUUUGCAGGCCAAGGCAUCUUCGAUCCGCAAUCUACGGUCCGAAGUUGCAAUCUGCCUCGAUAUCUGUUUGGCCCGCUUAUACAGCAGAUUCAUGGGCCAAACCGGAAAGGCGAUAGCUAUAUGGAGACAGGUUAUGACUCUUCCUCGGGUGGAAGUGGACGAUCACUGGGAAAUGACUCGCUCCAGAGAAAUCACGGAAUCCUCAUAUGCGUACCAACUGUACGUAGAUACUUUAGAAAGCCCUCAUAAGAGCAACCACUUCUUGAGCGAAGUCGGCACACUCUCAAAAUGGUUGUUCGAGGUACCACUGAAUCGUGAGACAUUCGUGGCGAACCAAGCUGGUCUGUACCUUGGACUAUGGCACAUGAAGAAUGGAGAUAUCGAGCAAGCGAAGCGAUACUUCAAGCCUUAUAUCGUAAUCUCACUGGCUCGCAUCACAAGCAUGGAGCCUGAGUGGCGAGCCGACGCAUUUUAUAAGCUUGCCACUCUCCUCGCCACCGCAGGAGAUGACGCCAAUGCGGUCGUUGUAUUUCAUGCAAGCCGCGACGCGCCAGAUAGCAGCUGGGAUUCUUUGACACCCUUGAGUACCCCACCUGGCCCUUGGACAUGGUACUGCGAUAUCUGCAAGCAAGAGUAUGACAGCUCCGCCCCCUGCAACAAAUGUCGGGUAUGUACAGCGGAUCUUUGCGGUGGAUGCUUCACGUCUGUGCAGCAGGCUACAACGAGUAAUCGAGGCUGUGCCUCAAACCAUGACUGGCUGGUGAUCCCUUCUCCGACAGAUGUGCAUGAAGAAGGGUAUGUCAUAAAAGAUGGUGCACAGAGGUCGGUUGAUGAUUUCUUGAGGGAGUUGCGUGAGGCCUGGGAUUGAUACCUCCCACCCUAGUUGCUGAG